AUGGAUACAGAAGGAAAAGCUGUACUACUGCGGCGUCGCCGUCGCUGGCACAGUCGUCGUAGCCGAAGCACGUCGAACCGCUCCUCAACAACGCCAUCUCGAGCGGUGAAUUCGAUGAACUCGGCGAGAAGAAUGACGAUUCUUCCUCCCUACAGUGGGUACAACAUUAUUGACUGGCACAUCUACAGUCGUCUUACAAGCCUAUGGAAGACCGAAUCGCAGUCAUGGUCGGAGGGCGAGCGCCGUGACUUUGUCGAGUGGGUUCCCAGGGCCCGCGUCACAGAAAGAGAAAACUCGAUGCUGGACCAUCCGCUGGCGGAGUACAUGCGGUGCAACGCGCCGAGCUGGGGCCAUUUCGUCAUCUUGAGGGUCAUGUUUGGGGCGUCGCAGUGCGCGAGGCAGAGCUGGUGGAUGGAGUUUAAGGGGAGGUACGAGAAGAGGGCUGGGGAGGAUGCGCCGCCGGGGGUUGUGCCGAGGGAUGUGGAUGAGGUUUUGAGGACGAAUCGGAUGAGGGGGCCUGCUGUUGUGAAGAUUCCGACGAUGGAGGUUGAUGGGGUUUAUGGGGAGAGGGGUUGUGGGUGUGAGUGGUGUUUGAAGAAGAAGGCGGAUAAGGCGAGUCGGGGGAGUCGGGGGAGUACAUCUUCUUCUUCGAGCCCCAAGACGGGAGGGAAAGAGAAGUGUCCGAGAGGGGAGAGUAUAUUCACGGGGGAAGAGGAGACGUGUGAGGAUCGAGCGAGGAGAUUUGAGCGGGAGCAGGGCGUUGAGCCGGAAGAAGCACAGGACGAUGACGAUGAUGAUGGUGAUGAGAGCGAGGAGGAUGAUGAGGUUACUGGGGUUGUUACGCAGGCGUCUUAUUUGCAGGAGAGAUCGACUCUUGUUUGCACUGAUGGAGCGAAUCGGAGUUUGAGGGAGGUUGUGGUUGAGCAGGGGAGUAUGAUUGAGACGCUGGUGAGGUUGGUGGAGAGGCAGCAUGAGAGGAUGGGGAGGUUGGAGAGGAGGGUGGGUAGGGGGAAUGUUUGA